AUGCCAGACCAUGGCAUUGGGAUUUUGAAUCCCAACGACGUGACUAUUGAUAUCCCUCUGACUGAGACGACUUCCCGUGGCCAAACGGGCGCCCGUAAAUGGAACACCAAUACCAGCCCCCUGGACGGCUCCUCGCAGGCCACGGAGAAGGAACCCAUCAUUGGCCCCCAUCAUCAUCGUGGUCCUGGCGGCAGGCGUCGCGCCGACACCGAUAUCAAUGAAUUGUCCGGAAAACGUGCUGAUUCGCCUGCGGACGGCACUGUCAACCGUAUGGGCCGUUUCUACCAAGCUGUCCUAAACUACUCCCUCAUCACCCGGUAUUUGAUUUAUGUUCUUCCCAUUGCGAUAUUGAUCGCGAUUCCGAUCAUUGUGGGCGUUACGGUUGCGAAGAAUGCUAAAAUUGGCGGUGUUCAUCUUUACUGGUUCUUUACUUGGAUUGAGAUCAUCUGGUUCAGUCUGUGGGCGGCCAAGGUCUUUGCCCGUUAUGUUCCUUAUUUCUUCCAAUUCUUGUGCGGUAUCGUCAGCUCUGGUACCCGCAAGUAUGCCCUUAUUCUGCGCGCCCUCGAGACCCCUAUUGCGCUUAUGAUCUGGGCGAUUAUCUCCCUCGUAACUUUCCUGCCCGUUAUGACCUUGAAUCCUGGUAAGAAGGAUUCCGGCGACACGGGUGUCAAGGCAUGGGAGAAGAGCGUGAAGAACAUUUUGUUUGCGCUCCUCGUCUGCAGCCUCAUCUACUUGGUCGAGAAAGCUAUUGUGCAGCUCAUCUCAAUUAGUUACCACCGCAAGCAGUUCGACGCCAAGAUCCAGAUCUCCAAGCGCAAUGUUCACUUGGUCACUCUCCUCUUCGACGCUUCGCGCAAUAUGUUCCCUGUGUACUGCCCCGAAUUCAAAGAGGAAGAUUCGCUCAUUUUCGAUUCCGUCCUUGUUCAGGCUGGUGGCAAGCGGUCAUCCGCCAUGCCCCUCCGUAUGCUCCGCCAUGUCGGCAAGAACGUUGGCCGUGUGGGUGACAAGGUCACCGCCGCUUUUGGACACGUCGCAUCGGAGCUAACUGGCAAGCAAGUAUUCAACCCGACUUCGACGCACACCAUGGUCAUCGAGGCCCUUGAGCGCAAGCGCCAUGCUGCUGCGCUGGCCCGCCGUAUCUGGAUGUCGUUUGUGGUCGAGGGCCGUGAAUCCCUGUUCAUGGACGAUAUCGUUGAGGUUCUGGGUGCUGAACACGAGGCUGAGGCCGAGGAGUGCUUCAUGGCUCUUGACAGGGAUGGCAACGGGGAUGUCAGUCUUGACGAGAUGGUCAUGACCAUCACCGAGUUUGGACGCAUGAGAAAGGCCUUGAACCACAGCAUGCACGAUGUCGACCAGGCUAUUCGUGUGCUGGACAAUCUGCUCAUGUGUGUUGCUGGUCUGGUUGGUGUUCUUGUCUUCAUAUCUUUCGUGACUACUGGAUUCGGUACCGUCAUUGCAGCUGGGGCUACCUCGCUGCUGUCCCUUAGUUUCGUCUUCUCCGUCACCGCCCAAGAAGUUCUCGGUUCCUGCAUCUUCCUCUUCGUCAAGCAUCCCUUCGAUAUCGGCGACCGUGUCGAGGUCGGCGACAGGCCUUUCAUUGUUGAGCGCAUUUCGCUUCUUUUCACUGUCUUCCGCAGUGUUACCGAUUCCCGCGUCACGCAGGUGCCUAACAACAUUCUGAACAGUCUCUGGGUUGAUAACUUCACUCGUGCCAAUGCCAUGCACGAACAGCUUAUCAUACCCGUGGCAUUUGACACUACAUUCGCCGAGGUUCAAUUGCUACGCCAGGAGAUGGAGGCCUUCGUUCGCGACAAGGAGAACAACCGUGACUUCCAGCCGGAUGUUGACAUCGAGCUCGAUGGCGUUGGUGAUAUGGACAAGCUCCAGCUGCGUGUUGACAUCCGUCACAAGUCUAACUGGUCCAACGAGACUAUUCGCGCUGCCCGACGAUCCAAGUUCCUGUGUGCUUUGGUCUUAGCCGUUCGCAAGAUCCAGGUUCGCGGUCCAGGAGUGGCCCUUCCCGAAGAGGAGACUGUCGACGCUGCAGAUGGCGAUGACAAGGGGGAUGAUGCCGGAGGUUGUCACCGCGAGUCUACCCAGGGCAGCGGUGCCGACCCAUCCAAGCUCGACCCCGGUGUCGCGGCUGCCGCUGCUGGUAUCCUCAACUUCGAGAAUACCGCCCAGUCGACGGGGCAUGAACAGACCCGUUCAGGAACAAUCACCCACCGCGGCUCCAGCCAGACCAAUGCCGAACGUGAAGCCGCCAUCGUCGAAAUGCUCAACGCCCGCUCACCAACUGUCGAUGCUGGCCGCGACAACUACGACAGCCGCGAGAACGCCCUCCACCGCACUGCUACCAAUGCCUCCUACCAAAGCAACCAGCUAAGCGUGCAUAACGGAAGCGAAGGCAUCACCCGUGGCUUAUCAACCGGCCAUCGCAAGCUUGGAGAGCAUGUCUCCUACAACGAGCACGGUCGUCAAUCCGCUCCCAGAAACGCCUCCCUCUCCCCUGUCCCCGCCGGCAUGACCCCCGCCCGCUACGAGCCCCGUCCUCACUCAGGCCAGGAUCAAAACCAGAGCACCGUCCAGAUAGUGGGCCCCCCAAACCCCUUCAACGGCGGCCACUACGCCCACGACUCGGGAUACAAUCAGAUUCCGAUAGGUACUUUCAGCGCGGAGAACACAUCGGAACGAGACCGUCGCGAUUCGAACCCGGACAUCUCUGGCGUGACGGCAUCAAGCAACUACCAGCUCUCGGAUCCAUAUGACCCUGUCUCCCCGCCGUCUAUGUACUCCCCGCCCCAGCCGGUGGUCUCACAGCAGGCUGCAGCCUACAACACUGCUCCGCUGCGGAAGAGGGAUAAGUCCCCUUAUGGGGAGCCUGAGCCUUGA